AUGGGCCCCUGUACCGCCUCCUCAUGCUGCUGCCAGGCCCGUAAUCUGUCAUGGGCCCCUGUACCGCCUCCUCAUGCUGCUGCCAGGUCCAGAGUGUGUCAUGGGUCCCUGUACGGCCUCCCAUUGCUGCUGUCUCCAUCGCCACACUCUGCCAUGUGCCACUUUCAGGUCUCCUCACACUGCUGGUGGGUUCCAUUUUGUCAUAGGGUGCUGGCAGAUUACGGGCCUCCCAUUGCUGCUGCCAGGCCCGUAAUCUGCCAUGGGCCCCCGUACCGACUCCUCAUGCUGCUGCCAGGCCCGUAAUCUGUCAUGGGCCCCUGUACCGCCUCCUCAUGCUGCUGCCAGGUCCAGAGUGUGUCAUGGGUCCCUGUACGGCCUCCCAUUGCUGCUGUCUCCAUCGCCACACUCUGCCAUGUGAUACUUUCAGGUCUCCUCACACUGCUGGUGGGUUCCAUUUUGUCAUAGGGUGCUG